AAUGCCCCGCGGCUCGCCGUCCAAGAUGGCGGCCGGCGAAUGAGCGUUACCCCGGCGACGGCCCCGCUCUGACCGCCGAAGAUGCCGAAAGUGGUGUCCCGCAGCGUGGUGUGCUCCGACACCCGCGACCGAGAGGAGUACGACGACGGCGAGAAGCCGCUGCACGUCUACUACUGCCUGUGCGGACAGAUGGUGCUGGUCCUCGAUUGCCAUUUGGAGAAACUUCCCAUGAGACCACAAGAUAGAGCACGUGUCAUCGAUGCAUCCAAACAUGCUCAUAAAUUCUGUAAUGCUGAGGAAGAUGAGACCAUUUACCUACGACGGCCACAAGGAAUAGAGAAGCAAUUUAGGAAAAAAUGUGGAAAGUGUGGGCUGCUUCUCUUUUAUCAGCACCAACAGAAGAAUACUCCAGUUACUUUCAUUGUGGAUGGUGCUUUGGUGAAAUUCGGCCAAGGGAUUGGUACCACAAAUAUAUAUAGUCAAAAACAGGAACCUCCGAAGAAGGUGAUGAUGACAAAGAGGACCAAAGACAUGGGCAAAUUCAGCUCUGUCACUGUAUCUACUAUUGAUGAGGAGGAAGAGGAGAUUGAAGCGAGGGAGAUUGCUGAUUCCUAUGCACAAAAUGCCAAGGUGAUUGAGAAGCAACUCGAGCGGAAAGGCAUGAGCAAGAAGCGACUGCAAGAACUGGCUGAGCUGGAGGUCAAGAAAGCCAAGAUGAAGGGAACCUUGAUUGACAAUCAGUUCAAAUGAAUAGUGGAUUCGUGGAAGCGGAUCCCUGCCAUAAUACAUAAAGUAGAAACGAGUAGCAACAAAGCGAUUCUGUCACUUAUUGGGCCAGUUGUCAACUUAAGCAAGGUCAUUGUGCUUUAUUCCAUGUCAUCUAUAGAGACUGAAAUGGUGGGGAGAAUAAAAACACGUUUUUUUACUUACUCUGAAUUCUUCUGUAUGUGUACGGGACUAUGUUGCAUUUAACAAAUUGUACCAUAUUGUGUAUUGUUUUAGGAUACACUUCCCGCAGUAGGUGUUUAUAUGUGUGCAUUUGGUAUACAUUUACUUUCACCGCUCAGUCAGCUUAUUACUUUAGCUGUCCUGUUUUCUUAUGUGCAUGUGUUUUUAGUGAGUGUUAUAUAAACGGUGUAGCGGUAGAACUGCUGCCUUACAGCGACAGAGACCCGGGUUUGAUCCUGACUACGGGUGCCUGUCUGUAUUGUUUGUAUGUUCUUCCCAUGACCUGUGCGGGUCUUCUCUGAGAUUUUCAAUUUCCUCCCACACUCCAAAGACGUACAGAUUUGUAGGUUAAUUGGAUUGAUAUAAAUGUAAAAACCGUUCCUAGUGUGUGUAGGGUAGUGUUAAUGUGCGGGGAUCGCUGGUCAGCGCGGACUCGGUGGGCCGAAGGGCUUGUUUUCGCACUGUAUCUCUAACUAAACUAAUCUUUGGAGAAGUGUUUAUCUGCACUCUGUCAGCUUUAUCUCUCAUUCUCUAGCCCCCGGAUAAUACAUGCACAGGAGUCUAUUCCCAUGCACAUGCACAUACAAGGAUGUAUGCGGUUACUAGGGUUAUCUGUGAAGCUAGACGCAAAUUGCUGGAGUAACUCAGCGGGACCGGCAGCAUCUCUGGAGAGAAGGAAUGGGUGAUGUUUUGGGUCGAGACCCUUCUUCAGACUGACUUCUGUGAAGCUUGUGUUUUAGUAAUCUGCCUGAACAUUAUUGGCUCGUACAUGAAGAAUGGCUGCCCACCUUUAUUGCUUCACAGAUACCAGCACCGUUUGUAUCUAAUUCUUGCACUAAUCCUCUGAGGUUUUCCCACUAUUUAAACAAUAUAAAAACAGGAACAAAGCAUGUGCUUGUCUCCAGAACUUUAUUGAAAUCAAAACAUUAGUGAAUAUGUAAAAAAAGACAAUAUUGGUGUAACUCAGAAUGUCAGGCAGCAUCUCUCAAGAACAUGGCUAGCUCGUGUUUCUGGUCGGGACCCUUCUUCAGUAAAUGUAACUAUGUUUUACAGUGAAAACAGCUCUAGGAUUAAAAGCAAGAUCUUUGUAUACAAACAGGAAUGCUAGAAAUUGAUUAUUUCUUAAAAAAACAGACAGAAAAAAACUAUUUCAAAUGUGAUCCCUUUCCAGAGCUGAUGCUCUUUCUUUUCCUGUGUGAUUUGGCUAAUAUUGUAACAGGUUAAAAGUAUUUCCCUUUUAUAUAUUUUCUAUUUUUAUCUCCAGAAUUGUAAGGAGAAUAAAGCAUACAUAGACUUGAGAGUUGAUUAAAAUGUUCUAAAUAAAGUAUUAUAACUCAAAAA